UCCCCUCUUCAAAUCCAAGACUUGGCAUCGGCUCAGUACAUAAUCAGAACCGGCUAUGGCUGCUGCGAUCUUGGCUCGGAAGUCUCUUCUCGCUCUUCGCUCUAGGCAACUCGCUGUUGCUGGACCAGCAUUGCAGGGUUCAAAUCCUAAUGGGCAUCGUUACAUUACACACUCAUUCUUCUCUAAAAAAGAUGAUGAUGAAAGAGAGCAACUUGCUAAGGACAUGUCAAAAGACUGGAAUUCUGUUUUUAAUCAUAGCAUCAAUACCUUAUUUCUCACUGAAAUGGUUCGGGGUUUGAUGUUGACACUUAAGUACUUCUUUGACACACAAGUUACUAUCAAUUAUCCAUUUGAAAAAGGCCCUUUGAGCCCUCGUUUUCGUGGAGAACAUGCACUCCGACGUUACCCUACAGGAGAGGAGCGCUGCAUUGCCUGUAAACUCUGUGAAGCUAUAUGCCCAGCUCAAGCAAUCACCAUUGAAGCUGAGGAGCGUGAAGAUGGAAGCCGUAGAACGACCAGGUACGACAUUGACAUGACCAAGUGCAUUUACUGUGGAUUCUGCCAAGAGGCAUGCCCUGUUGAUGCCAUUGUGGAAGGUCCCAACUUUGAAUUCACUACAGAAACUCACGAGGAGCUCCUGUAUGAUAAAGAGAAAUUGCUUGAGAACGGGGAUCGCUGGGAAACCGAGAUUGCAGAGAACCUCAGAGCUGAAAGCCUCUACCGCUGAUAAUUUCAACCUCCAUGCCUUGGUGACAAGUUUCAUUUUCCAACCCUUGAGAUGAUGUGAAAAAUAAACAGAUCCUGCUUAUGGUGGUCUCAAAGAUUAUUUUGUUCUUGCUCAAGUGAUUUGAGUGGUUUUUCUUGUUAAACAACCCUCUCUGCAUUAUUAUUUAGAUCGGGAACAAAGUUUCUAGUUGUAUGAUUUACAACAUGAAAGCCUUAUGAGAUGAAGAGUUAGAGCUUUUCAACCAAUUAUUUGUUCA